GAAUCCGUGAACAGUGAAUGGGCUUGUCAUAGUCGUCCCGUGUUAUUUUAUACUAAAAAACAUCAAAUUAAAAUUUUAUACUCGUGUUAAUACCCAAAAAAGGACCUUCAGAUCGUCAAAAUCGGAUACAAUUCAUCAACUCUGAGUUAAUCAAAGUAGUUAUCAAAAUAAGCCCAAAGAUGCGACGACAAGGACAGGAUGUCAUGCAGGUGAACCUGGCGGGAAUCAGACGUGAUAUACUGAAUCUUGCUCACAAUUACAGCAAUGCUCAGAAACUAGUCCGAAAGGCUACGAGCAACGAUCCAUGGGGCCCCAGCAGUACCAUAAUGGCUGAAAUUGCCGAUUUAACGUAUAACGUAGUGGCCUUUACUGAAAUAAUGCAAAUGCUGUGGAAACGUUUGAAUGAUCAUGGCAAAAAUUGGCGACACGUAUACAAAGCCCUCGUUCUCCUCGACUAUUUAAUUAAAACGGGAUCGGAAAAAGUUGCACAGCAGUGUAAAGAGAACAUUUUUGCUAUUCAAACGCUUAAAGAUUUUCAACACAUGGAGGGCCCCAAGGAUCAGGGAAUCAAUGUGAGGGAGAAAGCUAAACAAUUAGUGGCCUUAUUGAAAGACGAUGAGAGACUAAGGAACGAACGUGCUAGAGCACUCAAAGCUAAAGAGAGAUUUGCACAGUCUGUCAGUGGUUUUGGUAGUGAUGGACUGGAUACUAUGUCAUCGAUGGGUGAGAUGUGUUCACCAGAUUGGGAGCCUUACAGAGGAAAUUCUGAGCCUAAACCCGAACUAGAAAAAGCUCGGCCGCUGACCGUUGGUGAGGAGGAGCUACAGUUACAAUUGGCAUUGGCAAUGUCAAGGGAAGAGGCUGAACAGGAGGAGCAGAGGAGACGCAGUGACGACGUUAGAUUGCAGCUUGCAUUGAGCCAGAGUCAACAAGAUUUCAAAGCGCCGCCGUCCGAAAAGGCAAGCCACAUGCUUGAUCUUCUUGAUGUCAAUCUAGGUGAGGCUAGUGGAGGAGUACCCCAACUCACACUGGAUCCAUGGGGUGUGCCCAUUGCUCCGCCGCCGCCUCGACCUCAGUCUCUGGAUCUAUCUCGUUAUUAUGACUGCGAGAGUAAUUCUGAUCCUUGGAGUGCUCCCACAACUACUUCAGCUGUACAACCGGCAGAUCCCUGGGCACCUGUUCCUCCCCAACGUCCGACAGAUGAUGGCUUUGCAGCUGCAGCUGUCGAUCCAUGGCGAGCUCCAGCCCCCUCGCCCGCCACAAUAGCUUCGCCACCUCGCACUGUGGACCCUUGGGCUCUUGCCCCAGCCACAACAAUGUCAUCGCCGAGUACCUCCGCAUUCGCUGGCAACAUGAACGGGUCUAGUUUUAACAAUUUCAAUGCACAGGGUAGCAGUAAUGUGAGUCCCUCAGGUGAUCUCGAUGAUUUUGACAUCAUCAGCAAUCGAAAUAAGCUCGAGGCUAGCCCUCAAUCUCAACCAAUGAACAAUGGAGGAACUUUAUCACCAGAUCCGUUCGAUCUUGCUGGACUGAAUGACAACUUACCAGCGAGUACUGGUGCUGUAAAAAAGACACCCCAGUCAUUUUUAGGUGAAAAUUCAGCCCUCGUGAAUCUUGACAACCUUGUGAGCACUUCAAUGAUGAAACCUGCCGUUCCUGCACCAGCUGCUGCUGUACCAUUUUCAGCGAAUCCAUUUGCAACAGUAACACCACCCCCUCGUCCCUCCAUCAAUCAAAUUCGACAGGACCCAUGGACGGGCAAUGCAGCAGCACCAGCAGCGGCCAAUCCAUUCCUCUCGUAGCCUGCGAAUUAAAACAAGAGUAAAAAAAAAGAGAGAACAAUUACAGGAAAUUCAAAACGACUAAGCAUCAUCAACACAGUAAAUUCGAGAAAAGCGUUGGAUUCUAAAUAAAUUGAACAAAAAGACGGUUAACAAUUGAAAGAAAAAGCUGUGGAGAGAUAAAAAUAAUAAGCGUAUCAAAUGUUUUACAAAUAACCCUGUACGAUAAGUUUUUAUUCUUAGGGUAAACAUUAAUUCAAUUGGACUAAAGUAACAGUGAAAUAAUGUAGAAGAUGGUAAUCAUGAACAUAAAAUUAUAACAAUCGAGAGGCCUGCGAUGAAGUGGCAAAACGUAAUGGGAAAAAUUUGCAGUUCGUGUUUUCAAUCUGUCGAUUCUUCUUAAGAUCAAUUGAUGCCUGGAGAAGUUUUGUUGGCACGAUCCUAUUUUUGAUCCCUCAAUUUUUAAACAAUAUUCUUUGUACAGUUGUUCAUUUACUUGAAAACGAAAAUUCUUGAAAUUGUCUUGUGAAAUUAUUUUCUUUCAAAACAGAAUUAUAUUUAAAGAAUUGAUUGUUCAGUACCAUUACGUUUUAUCACUUCUUUGCUCAGUUGUAGAAUUUGAGAAUCGAAGACUUUUUCUUGGGUCAACGAAUGUCACAUUUGUUUAGGUUGAAUAUAGACAUGAUGCUAUUCCUGUCACAGCUUGGUGAUUCGGUUGAGCCCCUCGUUGAUACAUAUGUUUUUUACACUGGGUCUUUAUUCGAGAAAAAUAGUAUAUUUUUUAAGUAAAUAUGAGAAAAAUGAGAAAAACAAAAUUCACCAGUAUUUUUUUGUUUAAAGUAAUGAAUGAAAAAACAUCAAUUAUAUAUUUGUAAAUUCAAAAUUCAAUUUUCACGCGUUGUUCGCAAAGUCAUUUACAUAAGAAAAUCAAUGGAAACAACUCUGAAGUAUUGAAUGAUUCAAUUUUUUCAUUGAUAUCUGGAACCACGUGUACUAGAAAGUUAAUUGAUAAACAUCAAAAUUGAGAGGUGCGGAUUUCUAUUUAUUGGGUGAUAAUUUUCUAUAAUUGUUAUUAUAAUUAUUUGAAUUUAUUGAAGUGGUCAGGCCAGAGGAGGCCCUUUUACAAAUAUUUUCGACAGAGAAAAAAAGCUGAGAGAAUUUUUUGUUGUGAUUUUUAUCUACUACACACAAUAAUUUUUGACUUUUCUCUUAAAGAAACUCAUUCCCGAAAUGAUCACAAAAUUACGAAGAUUUUUGACCACGUCCCUGUGUAAAUGGAUGCUUGAAAGCACAGUCUAUCAGGGUUAGAUUCCAGCUUUGUUUUGCAGCAAUCGAAUCAACGACGUGACGUUUAUUUAAGUUGGAUGCAAAACUUUUUCGUAAUGAAUGACAAAACAUGGUCCUUUGGUGUCGUGUGAGGCGCUUCUGUUUGCUAUUUAUUUACUCCCGAUCUAAAGGAUUUUCAACGCUAAGUAGAAACAUAAAGCUUUCGGAAUGUCGUAUGAGCGAGAGAAAGAUAAAAAUGAAUACAACUUUUAAUCAUGGAUGAAUACAUGAACUAGGAAAAAUCAGGAGUCGAUGGAGAAAUUUAUUGCAGUUUGUAAAUGAUUAUGGCAAUCAAUUUACUCUGACUAACACCCGUUUAUUAUUAUUACUAUUAUUAUUAUUAAUUAAUUAAUUGAAGAGAAGAAAAAAAUAAUGGUAUUAUUGAAAAUUGUACAUUCUAUAUCACAUACGAAAUAUUAAUCGUGGAACUCUUAGUGCUUUCUCAUUAUUUUCUCGUAAAUUUCAAAGAUAAAAAUGUCAAUUCAUCAUUUAUCAUUUUCGAGGCAAUUGUCAUUUUCUAUUGAUUUUUUUGAAAUCGCUUUUUGGAAUUCAUUUCAUGAAAAAGUGCUCAAGGAUUGGUACUCAGCCCAUUACUCACGUGAUCAUUACCUCCCAUUGCUCUGAAAUGAUAAUUACAUUUACACUGCAUAAUUCCAUCAUGAAAACAAAACCACAACAAUUCUUCCUCAGUUUUUCCAUAUUUUUAUUUUUAGUUCUACACGAUUGGGAAAUAUUAAUUAACCUAUUUUAUGAUUUUCAUUGUCCAGGGAUUCUAAAAGAAACGGCUGGAAUUUAUUAUUAAUUUAAGUAACAAUUGAAUUUAUUAUCAUAUAUUUUAGCAGAUCAUAUUAUAUACUUUAUUAUUGAUAAUAAUUAUGCAAAUAAAUGUACAAAUUUUUAAGUUCCCCCAUAA